AUGAUUAGAAGAGAAAAUAUUACAGAGAUCACCCACUUCAUUCUCUUGGGGUUCUCGGAUUUUUCCAGGUUCAAAGCACUGCUAUUUGUUGUGUUCCUGGUGAUCUACGUUGCAACUCUGAUUUGGAACCUGAGCCUCAUCAUAUUAAUAAGGAUGGAUUCCCACCUCCACACACCCAUGUACUUCUUCCUCAGUAACCUGUCCUUCCUAGACAUCUGCUAUGUGACCUCCACAGCCCCAAAGAUGCUCUUCGACUUCUUCCAGGAACAACAUACCAUCACCCUAGUGGGUUGUGCCAUUCAGUACUUGUUCUUUACAACCACAGGACUGACUGAGACUUGUCUCAUGACAGCCAUGGCCUAUGACCGCUAUGCUGCCAUUUGUAAUCCACUUCUCUAUUCAUCUAUCAUGUCACCCACCCUGUGUGUUGGGAUGGUGCUGGGAUCCUACAUGGCUGGAAUCUCUGGUUCUGUAUCCCAAGUGUGUGCCAUUCUUCAACUCCACUUCUGUGGGCCUAAUGUCAUUCACCACUUCUUCUGUGACAUGCCCCAGCUGUUAGUCCUGUCCUGCUCUGACAUUUUCUUUGCCAAACUCUUACUUGCUAUAUUAGCACUUAUCUUUGGGAUAAUAAAUGCCCUUGUUGUCAUGAUAUCUUAUGGCUAUAUCGUCAUCUCCAUCAUGAAGAUCACUACAGCUAAAGGCCGGUCCAAGGCUUUCAACACCUGUGCUUCUCACCUGACAGCAGUUUCCCUCUUCUAUACCUCAGGGAGCUUUGUCUAUUUGAGUUCCAGCUCUGGCGGUCCUUCCAACUUUGACAGAUUCGCAUCAGUCUUCUACACAGUGAUGAUUCCCAUGUUGAAUCCCUUGAUUUACAGUCUGAGGAACAAGGAAAUCAAAGAUGCCUUGAAGCGUUUGCAGAAGAAGGGUGGGUAUUGCGGACAUCACAGAUUCUGA